CGCAAUCGUCUGCUGAACUUUCAUUGCACUGCAGGAGGAUUUCAGAUAGACGGCAGACAAUGGGGAUAUCGCCGUCGCAGCACGAGGAGUCUUCUGGCAGUGUUGCCUCUGGAAACAACCAGGCCCAGUCAAACAGAGCGCCGACUCCUCACAUGUUCCAUGAGAUCGUUGCCCAGGAGAAGAACGCCACAGCAGAUGAACUGGAGGAUCAGAUGUACACAGGGAUCUACUUGGCUGGGAUAACAAAGAAGUACUGGGUGCAUGAGAAAACCAGGUGCAACUGCUUCAUGCUGUUCCCUAGAGGAUUGUCCAUCACUUGGAGCGAAGACACCAGAUACUGGACCUGGCACCCCCUGAAAGAAGCAAGCGAUGCUGAAAUCGAGGCGGCGUGCCUGCAGAAUGUCUGCUGGCUGGAGAUCCAUGGGAAGCUAGAACUGUCCCAUCUUACACCAGGAGUCACCUAUGAGGUUUUCUUUGAAGCGAUGCUUACCGAGCCAGCAUACGGGUGGUCAGUCCCGGUGAACCUCCGACUCAAGUUCCCCGACGGAAAAGUUCAGGAGCGGAAGGAGAAGCUGCAGGAGAAGCCCAGUGGCGAGUGGCUGGAGCUCAAGGUUGGGGAGUUCAAAGCACAGCAGGGGCAGAAGGGGGAGAUGGAGAUCUCCAUGUUUGAGUAUGAUGGUGGGCAGUGGAAGAGGGGGCUCCUCAUCAAGGGUAUCAAGAUUAUCCCAAAGGAGUGAUUUGCAUUUGUCUGAGGACGAUCAUUAGCUUCUACCUGUCGAGUGUGCUAAGAUCAAUGCGAUACACGGAAUAAUGUGUGUUACUACAUAUUUCAAGAGUUUGUAGUUUGCACUAAAAAAAUCCAUGUACCUCCCUUUGUUCAUAUGGCUACAUGUCUUACUGCAAUCUCA